CCGCAGCAACCACACAAAGCCUGACAAAAACCUUUUGAGGCCUGAGAGUGCCAACGUUGCGCUCGGGGGUGUUCCCCCACGGUGGCCUCGGCCAUGGCUCCGGUGAGCCUUCCAAACGGCGCCUUGGAGAAGCUCGAGGAGGAGUUCGACCCCGAACUGCCGGUGAAGAUUUGUCACCUGGGCCAGGCGGCUGUGGCCGCCCUGUCCUCCCUGCUCGCUGGCGCUUUGGUGCUCUUCUUGGAGCGCCCCAGCGGCGCCUCGGCCUCGGCUGCGGGUGCUGCCGCCGUGGUGUGCGCAGGGCAGCAGAGCGCGCCGCAGCUCCUCCUGCAAGCCUUGGCUGCCGCCUGCGGUGCCAGUGCUUCCGCGGGCGCGGAACCCAUGCAGAUUGGCGCAGCCGCAGGACUGGACUUUGAUGGCUCUGGCCAAGUGGGGAGCCUCUUCACACCCUCCUGCCAGGUCUUUCGAUUGCAUUUGGCUGGUGCGUUGUUUGCAGCCAUGAUUGCCUGGCUGGUCUUGGCACCAGGUUUGGAGUUCAGCCUGGCGGCUUGUGCCAUCCUCCUCGCCACCGGCUCCGUGGGCGCGGCCAUCGCCCUCGAUCCCGCCGCGGCGCGGCGCGACGGUGCCGGUCCACCCCCCGUGGUGGCGCUGCCGGUGCUGGGGCGACAGAGCGCGGUCUAGCGGGUCCGAGAAGUCUGUUGAAGGUUGAAGGAGAAGAAAUGUGUUGAGCAUCAUUAAAAUGCAACGUCACUGAAAGAGAAACAUUGUAGUGUAGAGAAGAAACUGGAGUUGGGGUAGGGUAGAAGACUGGACUCCAAAGUGGUUCAGAAUAGUUGCAUGGAGAACAAGUAACGAGUCAGCCAAAGCGGACAUGAGCCUCUCCGAUUUUGUCGGACAGCUUACAGCUGCGAGUUUGUUAUAUGAUGAAUAUGAUUAGAUUACCAAGACGGAAUUCAGUUUCCUUUAGUUUCUACAUUCGCAGCGGCCAGAGCAACCACAC